AUGGAAGAAGCUUUAAAAGGACAUAUUAGUACUGAAAAUUUAUAUUCUGAAGUUAUUGUUAAUGAAGAAGAACAUUACGGAUUGCUUGAUUUAGAUUUAUCAUUCAUUAAUGACAUGUUUGAAAAGAUUUCUUCAGCUCACAACCAAAGAUCAACUAUAACUUUAAGAGACAUUCAAUUUGCUGUCAGAUUUACUCUUCUAUGA